AAUCACAUUCACGGAUAACGCUUCGACAACAAACAAAAGAUCGAGCCUAGCUGAGCUCAUUUUACUUUGUCGAAGCGCCUAGUCCAACGUUUCUAGUCACUUUGCUCUUUGCACAGACUUAUUUGUUUGUGUUUCAGCUACUUUCAUCAGCUCCUAUGCGGCAGAUAUCGUCCUCUUCCUGUCUCUAUUUGUGGCUUUGUGUAAGCUAAUGUCAACCUGAUCUGUUCCAGCGAUCGCUUUGCCUUUGCUGGCCAAGCUAAAGCCGUUAGCCAGGUUAGCUGCUUGGCCAACCAGCUCUGGCUGCCUCCGUGCGAACAGCGAAGCCAGUUAGCUUAGCCUGCUAGCUAGCUUUGCUAAAACAUCCUUUAAAACUUGACACUGACUGACUCCAGUGCUUCUGGCUUGCUAGUGACAAGCCACUUUUACUGAACGCCGUGUCGUAGUCAUGUCCGGACAGACGACGGGUUGUGGGUUUCUGAUGUCGGUUGUUGUCCAUGGAGACUCGGCUCUGAACGAGCAGGAAAAGGAGCUCAACCAGCGACUUCGACGGCUCUAUCCAGCCGUUAAUGAAAACGAGACCCCGCUCCCGCGGUCCUGGAGCCCAAAGGACAAGUUCAGCUACAUCGGGUUGUCUCAGAACAAUCUCCGUGUACACUAUAAAGGUCAUGGCAAAACCCCCAAGGAUGCAGCAUCUGUACGGGCCACUCACCCCAUCCCAGCGGCCUGUGGGGUCUACUACUUUGAGGUGAAGAUUAUCAGUAAAGGCAGAGAUGGGUACAUGGGAAUUGGCCUCUCAGCUCAGGGUGUAAAUAUGAACCGACUCCCUGGCUGGGACAAGCACUCAUAUGGUUAUCACGGAGACGAUGGCCACUCCUUCUGCUCCUCUGGCACCGGGCAACCCUACGGACCUACAUUUACAACGGGCGAUGUGAUUGGCUGCUGCGUUAACCUCAUCAACAACACCUGCUUUUACACAAAGAACGGCCACAGCCUAGGUAUCGCCUUCACAGACUUACCACCUAACUUGUACCCGACCGUCGGCCUUCAGACUCCAGGGGAGGUGGUGGAUGCAAACUUUGGCCAGCACCCGUUUGUGUUUGACAUUGAGGACUACAUGCGAGAGUGGAGGACAAAAAUCCAGGCCCAGAUCGACAGAUGCCCCAUCGGGGAGCGUGAGGGUGAAUGGCAGUCCAUGAUCCAAAAGAUGGUGGCUUCAUACCUGGUGCACCACAGCUACUGCGCUACGGCCGAAGCCUUCGCCAAAUCCACCGACCAGGCCGUACACGAGGAGCUGGCCUCCAUCAAAAACCGACAAAAGAUCCAGAAGUUGGUGUUGUCAGGUAGAAUGGGUGAAGCCAUCGAGACCACCCAGCAGCUCUACCCCAGCCUCUUGGAGAGAAACCCAGACCUCCUCUUCAUGCUCAAGGUGAGACAGUUCAUAGAGAUGGUGAAUGGGACAGACAGUGAGGUGAGGUGUCUCGGAGGUCGCAGCCCAAAGUCUCAGGACAGUUACCCCGGUUCCCCCCGCUCCUUCAGCAGCCCCAGCCACAAAGCCAGCAGCUCCCAGCCCUACCUCACAGGGUUUGACAGCAACUGCUGUAAUGGAGUCACAUCUAAUAAGAGCCACAGCUCCUCCCCUCACAGUCACAAGCCCUGCUCUGGCUCCACCCUUCAAGGUUCUGACAUUAGUCUGAACGGUAGCCAGCAGCCCAUCACCAGUAACGACGUGGAGAUGGAGGUGGAUCACUUCACCAACGGAGUGACAGAAUCUUCCUCCAAUGGGUUCCUGAACGGUACCUCCAAACAUGCCGCAGAACCUGAAGACUGUGACGCAGACAUGGAGGUGGAGUCAGCCCAGUCCAAGAGGCAGCUGUGUGGCGGGAGCCAGGCGGCCAUUGAGAGAAUGAUCCUCUUCGGCAGGGACCUCCAGAGCAUGAGUGAACACCUCCGCCGGGAGUGUGGCAAGAACUCUGCCAACAAGAAGAUGUUGAUGGAUGCAUUCAGCCUGCUGGCCUACUCCGACCCCUGGAACAGCCCGGUCGGCUACCAGCUGGACGCCGUUCAGAGAGAGCCGGUCUGCUCCACUCUCAACAGUGCAAUACUAGAAACUCACAACCUUCCCAAGCAGCCCCCCCUGGCCCAGGCAGUGGGUCAGGCCGCCCAGUGCCUCGCCAUCAUGGCUCGAACUGGCAUCGGCUCCUGCGCCUUCGCCUCCGUGGACGAUUACCUGCACUAGCCACACACACACACACACACACACACACACACACACACACACACACACACACACACACACACACACACACACACUCUAAAGGCCGUCCAGAAAUGUCUUCCUCCAUUUCAUCUAUCAGUGUAGUCUGACUAGCUGAGGAGAUGUCCUCUGUAGGACUUAGGAGAAUGUAAACCCUCUCACUCGCUGUCUGUUCUGCUUGUAGAAACCAACACGACACCUCUGAGGGUCGGGGGUCAUUUCUGGACACCUCUUUAGAAAUCCCACAACAUACUUGUAAAAUUAACACACACACACACACUGCUUCCUUUUCAUCGGAUAUAAGAAAAAAACGAAGCCUCCACCUCUGAUGCUCCAUCCUGCAGCUCCUGGAGGCUGCAGUCAUGACGAUGGGGGAACCGCAGACCAACAUCAAAAUACCUUGAGACCAACUGAUGUGGACUCACAGCAGCACUCUCUCUCUCUCCCUCUCACACACACACACACAAUGUUGGGAGGGUAGCUCGACAAAAACAAAACCCUGAAGAAGCUGAAAGGAUGGUGUGUGAGGGAGGGGGAAGAAAAACUCAAAGGGGUGUGAGGCCAUCAUGGCUGACGACGCUUACCGUAAUCCCUGUAAACCUGGCUCACACACACAGGGAGGUGGACACCUGCUGGUUUGAGUCCCGCUCCACCAAGGCGCGCUGAGUGCUCGGACCACAGCCAUCAACAGCCUCCACCCCUCCCACUGCCCCCCCACCUUCAGGACACAGGCGGAUUUGUGUGACGCAUGUGGACUUGGGACUUCGACGAAGCUGAAGGGAAUCUGCAAGUCUCGUUUUUAAUCUUCUGUUUAGUUUUUGUUUUCUUGAGCAGAGUGGGGGGUGGUGGCAAUUACUCUGCAGUCGUUUUGGUUUUUAGUUUUGUUUUCAGGUUUACAAGGCAUGGUGCAGACAAUAAUGAUAAUUAUUAUAAUUAUUUCAUGCAUUCACAGCAAAUUCCACCAACUUAUUAUAAUAAAGAUCCCAGUUCCACGA